AUGGCCCCAUGCGCCCCGCGUCAGACGGAAAUCCGCACGGGUAAAGGUCGGGGCCCCGGGGCUCUACCCUACUUUCUCAUCUUCUCCGCCCUGUUGACCGUCGAAUCGAGACAGCCUGAUCUGGCCCUUUGCCUCGCCAACAUGGGCAAGAAGAAGAGAAAGUACCCUGACAUCGAGGAGCGCGACUUUGAGGAUUUGAAGCUGCUCAUUUCACAUCAAAAGGCGAAGCAUUUCAAGUGCGAGGAAUGCGGUAGAAGGCUCAACACAGCCGGAGGUCUCUCCGUCCACAUGAACCAAGUCCACAAGGAAACGCUGUCGCAAGUAGAAAAUGCGCUCCCCAAUCGGCAAGGCCUCGACGUCGAGAUUUUCGCACAGGAAGACCGGCGUAUCGCGACGGGUAACCCGACCCCGGGCACUGGAAAACCUCAGAAGAAGAUCAAGAUAGAGACGAAAGACGAACUACAGAAGAGGUUAGCGGACUGGAAGGCCAGGAAGGCCGCCGGCGAGUCUCCCGGGGCCACCGCGUCUCCCGCGAAUGGAGGGGCCGGCGCCGCUCCCGGCGCAUACCAUACCCUGCUGCUCAACCACACUAUCCGGCAGAAGGCCAGUACGGUGCUCCUGGCGCUCCCGGUGCUCCCGGCGCCCCCGGCGCGCCCCGGCCUACGGCGGCUUCCCUGGGUCUUCCCUCCCAGCACGCCCAAGCGGAACACCCCCGGCGCCCGCUGGACGCACCCUCCAGGUUACUCGGGCAAUGCAUCUACGGUAGAUGAGCUUGUCUCGGGAGCGGCCCAACAGGGCGAUGAUAUUGACCAGCUCAUCCGCAUGGCGGAGGCUGGCGUCAAACCUGGCAGGAAGGAGGAUGAAGCGGCUCCAGAGAAGAAGACGUCGAAGAAGGACAAGUCACGUAUGUUUUACUCGGAUGCCGAUAUCAGCCCCGAGGAGAGGAUGGCGCAACUACCCCGGUAUGCCUUGGCUCACUAA